CCCGUGCGCGCGACCACGAUCUCUGGUUGACGCUUCGCGCGCACCCGUGAGUGGCUGCAAAGAUGGCGGCGCACAUCACCCUCACACAGCUCUCCAGUGGCAAUCCAUUAUAUGAAACAUACUACAAACAAGUUGACCCAUCUCACACUGGUAGGGUGGGACCAGCAGAAGGAGCACUCUUCCUCAAAAAGUCUGCCUUGUCAGAUGGUGUUCUCGGGAAGAUUUGGGACUUGGCUGAUCCUGAUGGGAAAGGUUAUUUGGACAAACAGGGUUUUUAUGUUGCAUUGCGACUAGUGGCCUGUGCGCAAAAUGGUCAUGAAGUUUCCCUAACCAGUUUAAAUAUUCCAGUGCCACCUCCCAAAUUUAAUGAUACCAGCAGCCCCCUUUUGAUCACUCCUCCUCCUGUUGAAGGUCAUUGGUCAGUUCGGAUAGAAGAGAAAUCCAAAUUUGAUGGAAUAUUUGAUAGUUUAUUACCUGUAAAUGGUUUACUGUCUGGAGACAAGGUGAAACCGGUACUUAUGAACUCCAAACUACCUCUGGAUAUUUUAGGAAGGGUCUGGGAGCUAAGUGACAUAGACAAGGAUGGACACUUGGACAGGGAUGAGUUUGCUGUGGCAAUGCAUCUUGUAUAUAGAGCUUUAGAAAAGGAGCCAGUUCCAACGGUUUUACCACAGUCAUUAAUUCCUCCUACCAAAAGAAAGAAGACGCCAACAUUUCCUGGUGCUGUCCCUGUACUUCCUGCCAGCCCUCCUCCAAAGGAUAGUCUUCGUUCCACUCCAUCUCAUGGCAGCAUGAGCAGUUUAAACAGUGCGGGCAGCUUGUCACCAAAACAUUCAACUAAAUCUAGUCAGCCUACAGUACAUUGGGUGGUUCCUCUGACAGACAAGAUACGGUAUGAUGAUAUUUUUGUCCAGACUGACUUGGACAUGGAUGGUUAUGUGAGCGGACUUGAAGUUAAAGACAUAUUCAUGCAAUCUGCCCUCCCUCAGAAUAUCUUGGCACACAUUUGGGCACUCGCAGACACUAGGCAGAUGGGAAAGCUGAAUAAAGACCAGUUUGCUCUGGCAAUGUACCUCAUUCAGCAGAAAGUCAGCAAGGGAAUUGAUCCACCACAAGUUUUGCAUCCUGAUAUGAUUCCACCAGCGGAAAGGAACACUUCUGUGCAGUAUGCAAAGAAAGCAGCUUGUGUUUUUCAUUCAACAACCCUGUCUGGUUACAUGACCCCCAUAGGAAAUGACAUGGCAAACUUAACAGAAAUCCGGCGUGACAGUUCCAGCUCUGUUGGUUCUGGAGAUUUCACUGGUGUGAAAGAACUAGAUGACAUCAGCCAGGAGAUAGCUCAUUUACAAAGAGAAAAAUAUGUUUUGGAACAGGAAAUCAGAGAGAAGGAAGAUGCUAUUAGACAGAAAAGCACAGAGGUACAGGAACUACAAAAUGAUUUGGACCGUGAGACGUCAACACUACAAGAAUUAGAAGCACAAAAGCAGGAUGCCCAGGACCGACUGGAUGAAAUGGACCAACAAAAAGCUAAAUUAAAAGACAUGCUUAGUGAUGUCAGACAGAAGUGCCAAGAGGAAGGCCAAAUGAUCUCCUCACUAAAGGUACAGAUUCAGUCCCAAGAAUCAGAUGUGCAGGCACAGGAAGAAGAGCUAAAUAGGGCCAAAUCAGAGCUAAAUCGUUUACAGCAGGAGGAGGCUCAGUUGGAACAGAGUAUCCAAGCGGGAAAGAUUCAACUGGAGACCAUUAUUAAGUCAUUGAAAUCAACACAGGAAGAAAUCAAUCAGGCUCGAAGUAAAUUGUCCCAGCUUCAGGAGAGUCAGCAGGAAAUGAACAAAACUAUUGAGCAAUACAACAAUGCACUGAAUGGAGACCAUGGAGGAAGUUUGAAUAACUUAUCGGAUGUUGAGGCCUUUUCCUCGAAAGAGAGGCUGGAGCUUUCCACAGUAGCGGAGGAUCCAUUCAAGAACAAAGCUCUUUUGUUCAAUAGUAACAACAAUCAGGACAUUUAUUCUGAUCCAUUCCAAACAGAGGAUCCCUUCACAUCUGACCCAUUUAAAGGAGCUGACCCAUUCAAGAACAAUCCAUUUGGUGAUGACCCAUUUAAAGAAAGUGACCCAUUUCAUGCUCCUCCUUCAGAUGACCCCUUCCAGAAGCCCAGUAAAGGUGACCCUUUUUCUACUGACCCCUUCACAAAGAAUAAUGUCCAUUCGAUGACGUUGCCUUUAAAGUCUGAUCCUUUUGAGAGCAGGGAUCCUUUCUCCUCUUCAACACUGCCAAAGAAAGAACCAGACCCUUUUGGGACACUGGAUCCUUUUGGAAGCAGUGCUUUUAGCAGUAAUGAAAGUUUUGCAGAUUUUAGCCAUAUGUCUAAGCACCAAACCUCAGAUCCCUUUGCUGCCUCUUUCUCAACUUCAGGAUUUUCUGAGGACCCUUUUAAAAGCAAGCAUGAUAUGCCAGCACUGCCCCCGAAAAGAAGUGUUCCUCCGCGGCCAAAGCCUCCAAGUGGUAAGAGUACUCCAGUCAGUCAGCUGAAUUCAACGCAUUUUCAUAAAUCGAGUGAUCCCUUCCAACCUUUUGGGACAGAACCAGGAGAUCCCUUUCAAAGCAGAAAAGCAUUUACGGACCCCUUCAGUGGGAAAGACCCAUUUGCCACCUCACAACCAGGAAAGCACUCUAAGGGAACAUCUGCCGGGUUUGCAAACUUUGGCUCUUUUGGGAACGAGGAGCAGCAGCUAGCUUGGGCCAAACGGGAAAGCCAGCGGGCAGAGAAGGAAAGACUAGACCGUUUAAAGCGCCAGGAGCAAGAAGACCUGGAGUUAGCUAUUGCUCUCAGCAAAGCAGAAAUGCCCAGCUCUUGAGAACUGCACCCACACAUCCCGUGUCCAUGUGACAGUAUGCCAACUAAAUGACAACUUUACUCUGAAAAGAAAACCCAGAGAGGGAGUUGAAUGCUGAAUCCGCCAUCUGUUUCAACAUUUUUAAUUUUAAACUAGCCAUUCACUGGAAGCAGUGACCUCAUUCAUGCACCAUCUAUUGACUUAAAUAUUCCUCUGGAAAUAUCUCCACUUAGGAAACUGUUGAAAGCAUCUCAGUUUAUGCUUGUCCCUUUUAUUUUUAUGUGUCUAGGUUGUUUGUGUGUAUGUGGAAGUAUGUCCUUGUUACAUCUUUGUUUCUUACAGUUCCCAUUGACCUCUUUCCACCACCAGAUUUAGAAUGUCAUAAUGCUAUACAUGAAUAUUAUACUGUAAUAGUUCUACAUUCAUUUGAAUUCCAUAAGGAAUCCUUCCUUCAGCACAUAAAGGCAGCUGUUUCGGAGGAGAGUACAAGUGAUAACCCUUCUGCAAUAAAAUUGGAACAGUAUGAAUCAAUAGAGAAAGCCUUUCCUGGUGGAAGGAUCAGAUAUUUAAAAUAUUCCUAAUUUUUUUCUCUAUGGUAAAACACAAUAUGUGGCCCUGCAGAGUCUCUCAACUAGAUAUGUGUUCUUUAUCUCCUUCUGGUGCUUUGUUUGGCCAUGGUUUAAGGAUGUUGAAACACAGCAUGUAUUCAUUUCAUUUGUUUUCUUAUCCAUAUUCCACAAUCCUAUAUAAUAUCACUCCGUGGAAAUCGAUGAUUUAGCUGAUGAGUUGUCUUUCAAAGCCAUGGAACAAGGUAUUGGAGUGACACUACCUUUUAAGAGUAUUAUUAAAUUAAUAUUUUUUUAAUAGGUUUCUUCUACAUUUUAAUGCUGGCUUUUUUCUCUUUGGGACCAAGCUAAGAUUAUUCUGUUCCUGCCCUGUGCUAGAUAAGGUCAUAUGUGCAUUGCAAGCCCAGCCUUCCAUUCUAAAUCAAGCACUGCCUUCAAUGUGAUCAAAUAUAAAGGUAGCCAGCUACAUGCUGCUUAAAGCCGCCAGACGCUUAACUAAUAAAGGUGAUCUGCUGUACAGCAUAGCUGUGUUUUCUAACCAACCUGCUGCUGUUGUGUUCCAAAUCAUCUUUAUUGUCUGCAUGUCAUCGGUAAAAUACAGCAGCUACAAUGUGAGGGUGCACAAUAUGCAGAAUAGCACAUGUUAUUUCCUAGAUGAGAUCUAUAACAGAAUUGUACCAUGUCUACUUCAAUGUUUAUUGUCACACAAGCCCUUUGCUUUUGUUUUUGUUUUGCUUUUCUUACGUUCUUGGGUUUCAUUGCUGGACAUUUAGUGCGUCUAUUAUUAGCCAUGUUUGAAA